ACCCGACCCGCAUUCACCAUUCCACCUGGAGCAGACCCCUCCUCGUCGGCCGCUCAGGCAGCAGCCGCGCCGCCUCGCCUCCCAGCCACCCGCCGCUGCCGGGAAGAGAGCACCAGCCUUCAUCCUCACCUCUCCUCCGCAUGCAGGUUCAUGGGAACAAACGGCGGCGAGAUGACCGGCCACUGCGAGCGAGGCCCCAGCUCGGCGGCGCCGGUGCCCCCGCUGGACGACGACAACCUCCUGGCCGAGAUCCUCCUCCGCCUCCCGGCGCUGCCGUCCUCCCUCCCCCGCGUCUCUCUCGUCUCCAAGCGGUGGUGCCGCCUCGUCUCCGACCCCCGUUUCCUCCGUGGCUUCCGCUCCCACCACCAGAAGCCCCCUCUCCUCGGCUUCUUCCUUCCCGAUUUCUGCGGAAACAUCGAAUUCACUUCAAUGCUCGAUCCACCAGAUCUCAUCCCUGCCGCACGCUUCUCCUUGCGAGCCGGUAGGGGCAGCAAAGUCCUUGGCUGCUGCCAUGGCCGUGUCCUUGUCCUCGAGGAGCAACAUUUCUUGGUGUGGGACCCCGUCACUGGCGACCUGCGCCAUGUGGCUUUUCCCCCAGCGUUCGAUGACAAGAUGAUGUUUGUAGUGGACGGGGGAGUUGUUUGCACUGCCGGCGACCAAGGCCACGUGCAUGGCGCUUGCCACUCGGACCCCUUCCAGGUGGUCUUAAUAGGCCAAGACAGAGCACGAUUUUUUGCCUGUGUUUACUCAUCAGAGACCGGGGCAUGGGGCAAUCUCUUAUCAACAAUGCGGCCGCUGGAUACUAUGACUGUUUGUCCUACUUGUUCUAGUACCCUGAUCAGGAAUUCCAUUUGCUUGUUUCUUAUUGGGGAAAAGGUUGCCAUCUUUGAGUUUGAUUGGGAUAGGCAAAACCUAGCUGUUAUAGAUGUACCGUCGGAUGCACAUGACUUUGAUGCCUUUAUCCGUGGUGAGUGCCAAUUCUUGAUUACGCCUGCUGAUAGUGGUAGUCUCAGCUUCGUCCUUCUAGCAGUCUUCAGCAUCCGUGUAUGGAAGAUGACGACCAAUGGUGAUGGUGUUGCUAGAUGGAUGCUUGGGAAUACUAUUGAACUGAGCAACCUUCUUUCGCUGAGGCCAGUGGUGAAUGGGACGCCCCUAAGGAUACUGGGGUUGGAUGAAGAUGGUAAUGUGAUGUUUAAAUUGAACAGUAGUGGAGUUGUCUUCAUGGUCCAUCUUGAGUCAAUGCAGUUUAAGAAACUUUCUCAAAAAUGGCCCUACCGCUCGUGUCAUCCAUUCACAAGUUUCUGUACUCCAGGUAUGCAUGUUAGUGCUGGACAUGAUGAAGUUGAAAUUUUGCGCGGAGCAUAAAGUGGUUGUCUGGCAAAAUAUGCUACUGUGCUUUAUUGGUUGAAAGCAAUCAUUCUCAGGAGAGGUGCUGGCUUGUUGGAGGGGCGGUGGUCUGCUGGGCAGCCUGCUGCUGGAGGUGGCGUGGUGCACCGAUUGGCAUGCGGUGCCCUGCACCGAGCAACAGCACUGCACCCUUCCAGAUCUGGCUGGGCAACGAGCGGCGGCGGUGCAAGGGGUGGGAGCGUGAGGGGCACACUACCUGGAGCUGAGCUGUGACCUGGAGCUGGGCGAGUCUUUUUGCGACCGAGUCAGGGGAUUAAUCGGCCAGUCAACCCAAUUAAUCGGCCAAUCAACUCGAUUAAUCAGGUUGUCAGGCCGAUUAAUCGAUUGGCUGAUUUUAGAGCUGAUAACAGGCUAAUCUAUUCGUUGCCCUACCGAUCACCGAUUAAUUGGCUGUUUUUUUCAUUAAUGGAUGUUGCUAUGAUUUGUUUGUAGUCCAUUUUCUUCAAUUUUAACACUAAUAGAUAUUUGAUACUGGCCAAAUGAUCCAAAUGACAUGGCUGUAUUUGCCAGAGAAAAAAAUGCUCUCAUAUCAUAGUUCUUGCAACUUUGAUACCAUGUUAUGAUGAAAAAGUAGCGGGAGAGGUUUUUUGUUUGAUUUUUUGCUAAGUAAGAAAAUGACGUCUAUUUUUGAUUGAAGGAAAUACCAAAUUAUAGAUGAUGUAGCAUUGUUGAGUAAAAUGGUGUGGAUGACCUUCAAAGAUCCCAAGACCAUACGCAAAAUCGCUUCCUUGGUGCUUCUAAUGUGUGAGAGGAUCAUUUCUACUUGUUUAAUAACUGAAUGGUUGUUCUUCCAUAUCUAAAAACGUAUGAUGCGGAAUCGAAGUUAUAUGUUUCUCCUUUCUACUCCUUGUGUCCCUCAUGUUCCCAUGAUGAAAAAAUAUUUUGUGUUCCUCAUAGGCCCAUGGGGGUGUUGAAUCGCUUAAACUUUUGCUUGCUGCUGAAAUCGAAGCUGGUCAGUAGUUGUCCUGAUUUGGGCAUUGAAUCACUUAACUUUUACUUGCCAUUGAGAUCAUAUUUAGCCAGUUCAAUUUAAUUGUUCUUCUAUGUUGUUUUCUGUCGAUAAUGUUGGUUUUGUCUGAUAAUGCUGGGAUGCUUCAACGUUGGAGAUUAGUUCCACACUAUGAAUUUAAUGUUUACAGGUUGAACCAGAUGCAAGUCUGAGAUAUUACUUUUUUUGCCUAAUUUGCUAAUUCCCUCUAUUGUAUAAUUACUUGAAUUUGCUAAUUCCCUCUAUUGUAUAAUUACUUGAGGUCGUUACUCAAUUUGUCAAUACCCACAUUGUUCCGGUGCUUAUGUAUGCUUUUUU